GCGGUGCCCGCGGCCCAGUUCCGUGUGGCGGGGAUGGCGCGGCGGGCGGGCGCGCUGUUCCUGUGCUCCAGCCGGCUGCUGUGGCUGUGUCUGUGCCUGCCCCUGUGCUUGCCGCGGCCGGCGGCGGCGCGCCCGCCCGCCCCGCACCUCGUGCUGGUGCUGGCCGACGACCUGGGCUGGGGCGACGUGGGCUGGCACGGCUCUGCCAUCCGCACGCCGCGGCUGGACGCGCUGGGCGCCGGCGGCGUGCGGCUGGAGCGCUACUACACCCAGCCGCUGUGCACGCCGUCCCGCAGCCAGCUCCUCUCGGGCCGCUACCAGAUCCAUACAGGUUUACAACACCAGAUAAUUUGGCCAUGCCAGCCCAGCUGUCUUCCACUGGAUGAGAAACUCCUCCCGGAGCUACUUCAAGAGGCGGGAUAUGUUACUCACAUGGUGGGGAAGUGGCAUUUGGGGAUGUACAGAAAAGAAUGCCUUCCAACCCACAGAGGAUUUGACACUUACUUUGGCUAUCUCCUGGGCAGUGAGGAUUAUUAUACUCAUGACCGCUGUGUCUUCAUCAAAGCAAAGAAUGUGACACGCUGUGCUCUGGACUUCCGAGAUGGAGAAGAAGUUGCAACUGGGUUUAAAAAUGUGUACUCCACAAAUUUAUUCACAGAAAGAGCUAUAGAUGUUAUAGCCAAUCACAAAACUGAGAAGCCCCUCUUUCUCUAUCUUGCCUUUCAGUCUGUGCAUGAACCUCUCGAGGUCCCUGAAAAAUAUGUGAAACCAUAUUCUUCCAUAAAAGAUGUAAAGAGGCGCCAUUACGCAGGAAUGGUGACUCUUAUGGAUGAAGCAGUAGGAAAUCUUACUGAUGCUCUGAAAACAUAUGGUCUUUGGGACAACACCGUUUUUGUUUUCUCUACUGAUAAUGGAGGACAAACUUUAGCAGGGGGGAAUAACUGGCCACUGAGAGGGAGAAAAUGGACCCUCUGGGAAGGAGGAGUGAGAGGUGUAGGCUUUGUUGCAAGUCCUUUGCUGAAACGAAAAGGUGUAGAAAGUCAUGAACUCAUCCAUAUCUCUGACUGGCUGCCAACGCUGGUGCACCUUGCUGGAGGACAUACCAAUGGCACUAAGCCUUUGGAUGGCUUUGAUGUUUGGAACACUAUCAGUGAAGGAAGACCUUCUCCCAGAGUGGAACUGCUGCAUAACAUAGACCCCAUGUUUGUGGAUGAUUUCCCAUGUCUUGGCAUUGACAAGAGGACAUCUUUACCACAGAGCAGUUCUUCCCCAUGGGAUGAUACGUUUUUCAAUAUAUCCAUACAUGCAGCAAUAAGACAUGGAAAAUGGAAGUUACUAACUGGAUAUCCAGGCUGCAGUCAUUGGUUCCCUCCACCGUCUUUGUACAAUGAGUCACAGAUUCAAUCGUCUGAUCCAUCAACAAAGAGACUUUGGCUGUUUGAUAUUGUUCAUGACCCUGAAGAGAAAUAUGAUGUGUCUGAAAAAUACCCUCAUGUGGUGGAAAAACUACUCUCACGGCUUCAGUAUUAUCACAAACGUUCAGUGCCUGUGUUCUAUCCUGAUGAGGAUCCCGCGUGUGAUCCAGCAGCAACUGGGGCUUGGGGUCCUUGGGCAUAGUGAACAAAGCUUUGCACCCUGUAAAAAACCUCUGUAGCAGAGUCUGGUUUAUGGACUCAGAGUCCUAGUGACAUAUUUUCUACUUUCUUUAGUGAGCUGUUGCUAAUUGUGAGCUUAUUUUUUCAAUAAUACAGUAUUUCUUAUUCUUGAUCUGUUGGGAAUCUUAUUUCAGUCUUUCCCACUCUCUCAUUCCCAACAGCUAUAUGUGAAAUGUUAGUAAUUUUUUUUUUUUUUUUUUAUAUUCUUUGUCUGGAAUAUGCUCUAGUGCAGAAGAUAAACAUUACCUCCUUCCUUGAAAGAAAUUGAAAGGCAUUGAAUUCCUUGUAAGGAAUCAUGGCAGCAGGGACAUCCAAAAUUAAUCAGCCUUGUGGAGUAUACUGAAUUCCGAUUUCAUGUUUGUCCAGAAGACAAAUUCUACUGAAAGCUAUUUUAUAUCUGUAUUAACAUAAUUUUUUUUUGCCUUUAGCAUGUACUUCCAUCCAGAAAAGGGAAGAGUAAAAAAAGAAAACCUCACGAAUACAACAAAAUCUCUAUUUCUUGUUCACUCUUAAUGUAUCAAACCAGAGUAGAGAGUGAUGAUCAACUUGAGUGCAGGGCUGUCAGGUAGAAGGAUCUUGAUAGGCUGAAAAAACGGAUGAAUAAAGAUUUCAUGAGUUUCAACAAUUGCAGAGUCCUCCAGUUGGGGUGGAACAGCUGACCAGAUGUAAAGCAUUUUCAUGGGGAAAACAUCUAGGCAUCCUUCUGGACAAUAAUUAAGACAAGAGUUACCAUUUUCUCUCUAAGUGAAGAAACCCAACCAGCUGUUGUUCCAUAAAAGUGAAAAUGUAGCCAGCAGCUAGGGCAUGUCUUAAUUCCCUUCUACCAGUGCUCAAGCAUAGCAUCACAUUUUGAUGCACACAGGAAAAGUAUUGACUAUGUGGAAUUAGUUCAGUGGAGAACUAUGAAUAUGAUCAUGGGGACAUAAAGAAAUGGGUUAGUUUAUGGUGGUUAGAAAAAGGGAAGUUGCUAUCUUCACCUACCUAGUGUGAGAGCUUAGAGAAGAGGAAGCAGGACUCCUCCAAGAUGCACAAAGAUAAAAAGCACACAGGGAACAUGUGGAGUUCCAAUGCAAUAUAAGGAAAGGGGAAAAAAAAUCACACCCUGUGGUUAAUUAAAUAUGGGAAAUGUGAGACUAUGGGAACCCUUAUCCUGGGCAUGUUCAGUCUUCGGGGGGAGAAGAUUCUGGACAAUUCUAUCCCUGAAGCUGGAUCAAAUUUGAAGUUGACCUGGUUUGGUAGAGGUGGUGAGGAGCAACCAGUGACCUCCAAAGGCCCCUUUCUGCAAGAAUUGCUCAACGAUUCUGUGAUUAACAAAACCUUACUUUUAUUACCUGCCUGGUAAGUACCCUGUCUUUAUUACCACAUGUUUUCAUCCUGAAGUGGGCUCUGAGCCAUGAAGAAACCAAGCCAAGCAAUAUUUUUCAGUUACUCAUCAAAUUGAUGCAAGAUAACCUGCCAGCUCUCUAUUAGUGUCUCAGACCCUGAGUUCUGGUACUGCUUCUCAGUGUCCUUGGCUAAGUUCUCAGGAUGCAGAGCUCAACCUAUCAUCAUGUCCAGAAAGAAGGAAUCUAAUUGCCUUUUUCCUGGCUCCAGGACCAACUCAUAUAAAUUGCACUAAAAUUUUGCACAACUUCCCAGUUUUCUCUUGGGAGACUUGUGCUAAUUGUUAGCAAACAGAUUAAUGAAGAGAAACAUUUGACAAAAUCUGUGCAUUAAAAAAAAAAAAAAAGUCUGUAAAGAGAUAACCAAGAAAACUGAAAAUGCAUAUGCUUUCUAAUACAGCUGAUUCACUACUACACUGUCUUAAAUCUUAUCUUGAAUGCUUGUAUUUUUUACCUUUGAUGUUUAUUUUAUGAGUGGAAGUGAAGCUAAAGCUCUCCAGAAACCUGUUCAGCAUUUUAUUUUAUUUUUCUCCCAAAGAGCUUUAUGUUACUUUCUAAGCUAUUUGUAUUCACACAAACAUGCAUUUCCACAGCCUAUCCAGCCACAGGGAGAAUCAUCUGAUUGUGACCUACCUCUAGGUAAUUUAUAUUUUCACUGGUAAAACUUACCUGCUGUGACAGAAGCUCCUACUAUACUACAGUUAGCAACUUUCAUAUGAACUAAUAUAUUUAAAAUAUUAAAUUAAAACUAUAAUACAUUCUGCAGAAGCAGCCUCCAAACUGGUACCUGAUCAUAUCUCCUUCUAUUUUAUGAAAUACAUUUAGACUUUUCUGUCAUGCAGCUCUUCACUCGGUUCCUGUUCAGGUUUUAGCUAACACACAGUUCAUACAAAGACCUGAUGCUGGGAUCAGCACUGUGAGAUCCAAGAGAGAAUAACACAUAUGAAGUCUACGGGAAGGGCUCAGGUCAUUAUGAAAGCCAUUACUUGUCUGCUGCAGACAUAAUCCUUCCUACUGAUUGUCAGUUCCUUCAGAAUCCACUAACUUAAGGGAAUCAUGUAGACCAAACUUCAAAGCUGGAAGUCAUAAAUAUGACAGCUUGCCCAAAACCACCUCUGAAGCAUAUCCAGCAUCAGCCAAUCUGCUGAGGUUUUCAUGCUUCCUGAUGGGAUAUGUGAGAGGUCUGCACUGUGACAGAGGAGAAAGGAUGAGCACUCUUAUCAGCAGCUCUGGGAGUAUUUUGCUUAUAUGUAAGUUAUGACUUAGACAACGUGUGAAUUAAAUGUUAGUCUCAUUUGUAUGAAGGAGAUUGAGCUUUUGUUUGAUGUGCGCGUUUCUUUCCUUUCCUAAUGACCUCAUAAAAUAAUUUAGAGACCAUGUUGUCCUGUAAAUUAGACCCUAUUGAAGCAUGACAAUCUUGGCUUCAGAGUACAACAGCAUUCCACUUUUGAGCUUUUGAAGAUUCUUUAUGAUAACUGAGGUGCAGGCUCUGUUAUUUGCUGACCACAUAAAGGGAGGGAAAAUGUAAGCAACAAAACCUUUUCAUAAGCUAUUGCAUCACAUUGACAAAGUUUGCAUCUUCCUUCUGUUGCUCCAAAAACACCUUUAUUACAGUUGCCUUUUGUAACUGUUGCAGUCAGUUUGUUUUAUACUGAUACAAUUAUUUAUGUUAGUUUAUAGCUAACCUGUUUAGUGCAACUGUAAGUUCCAUGUUCUAAUUGUAGCACACAGUUAGUAACGGUUUCAAAAGUAUGGGAUUCUGAAAGAGUGAAGUGUUAAAUUACCUUUUGUGACCUUUAGAUUUACUAUUUUUAUAUGUGUCGUCUUAUCCUUCGAAUGUCUUUUUGAGAUAAAUCAACCAAAGAGCAGUAGUUCCAUUAGUUCUUAUUCAUCCAGAAUGUUGUGGUACAGUUUAUUUGUGCAAUCAAAUGCAAAUGGAGACAUUGACAGCCAUUCCCCAGUAUAUAAGGCAAGUAGAUCCAAAGUAUUUAUGUUAUCCUCACUCUUUUUUUUGGUAUUGUGUAUUUAUGUAGUGUCCUGUGUACAAAUGCAGACAUGUAAGAUUAGAAAGCUAACUGUUCUCAGUCAAUAUCACAUAUAACAGUUUAUAGUAGGUGUUACAAGAUGUGGUUGUUGCAAUAACAAGGGACUGGACUUGGGGGUGGGGGAAAUUUUUUUUGCCCUACAUUCCUGUGUGCCCUUCAGCAUUCAGCACUUGUAUUACAUGAGGAAAGAUGUCUUACCCACAAAAGUGGAAACUUCUGUUAAUGAUAUUUUUAACUGGGCUUUUUAUGGUGAUAGCUAGUUUCCUGGAAAAGGAAAAAAAUCACCUAAAUUUAUGUGUAAUUAAUGUCCUUGACUCCCAUCAAUGUCAGCUUCUUGGCUGAAGUUAGAAAAUAUUUUUAAAUAUCUAAUUUUAAUUUCAGAGGUAAGCAGAGCUUUUAUGUGUUCUCUUUUCUCUGUGUCCUGCAAUCUGCAUUUUAAUGUCUUGCUGAUAUUCUAAUUUAUAUAUUUAAUUUACUAGGAAGCGAGUGUGGCAUAUCAUUGUCUCACACAGGUAUUCAAUUCACCCUCUGUUUCCUCUCAUUAUGUUUUAAAAUGCAAAGAUUCAUUGUUUUCUCAGCUACAGUAGACCUAAUUUUUAUUUUUAAUUGUCUAAUUAUUUUCCAUGGGUGGUCCUUCAUGAAACAUAUGAAUUCAACUGUGUUAGGGAAAAAAAACAUCUGGCUGACACAUUUAGAUUGGCAUCUGCAAAGAGUUGUAUACUGUGAAGUUGUUUCAAAUUGGAAAAUAGAAAUUCUUUAUAUGUUUUGUGGUUACUUGAGUAACAUUCAAAAAUGCAAGUAUUUUGAACUCUAAAUAAAACUUCAUUUCAUCCCUUUCCAAUUUAAGAUUCAUUCUUAAUCUGGCAAACAUCUGAACAUCAUGAAUUCGAAAGUUUUAAUCUUUACGCUUUAGAAAUUAUUUAAGCUUCAGAAAAGUAACCAAGUUUAGGAAUAAUGCUGACACUGGCUACUCAUUUUGUAUUACUUACUUGUAAAAAAAAAUGUACACAGUGGAUGAUCUUAUAAACAAAGUAGAAGAUCUGGAUCUUUUCUUGAGUCAAAGGCCCUAUAUUCAACCUGAAAAUAAUUUGUCCAACUUUUCUGAGGUUUAUAAAUGGGUCUUGGAUAAAGAUCUGAGUUUAGUUCUCUUUGGAAUCUCUGAACUGAAGAACCCAGAGUUUAAACACUUGUGGUCAGUGUGGAUUUGAAACUCCACUACCAGUCCUUGUUGGCCUCUCAUCGUACUUUCUGACAAAGUGGUUUAAUUGUAGAAAGACUACUAGCAAUAUACCCAAAACUCUUCCGUGCUUUCCUUAAACAAACAGUAAAUGAGCACGAAGUUACACAGAGAAUCCUGUUAAACUUGUGCCACCGUACUGCAGACAGGUUUGGAUGGAAGGGCUGAUGGUGGUAGAGCCGCUGACAGGGCGCCUAUCCAUGUGUGCUGGAGUUGGGCACACAAGGACAUGCUGUCCAUUUGUGUAGCCAUGUCUGUAAUCCUGGGGCCAGAGAUACCCAAAUGACAAGGAAGCAACUGAGACACAAAACACUUAAAGACAAAAUGAACCAUUGCUUGACAAAUGAAAAACAUAUAAUGUCAAGCACUACCAGGGAAUCCAGAAUCUAACCACAGGUUAGGCUGUCCUAAAUGUAGGAACACCAAACCAUCUCCAAGAUGUAGCAGUUAUUAAGGGAGAAUUUUUUUUUUUCUGCCUACCUGCUCCUUUGGCAGCCCAACACAGGCCCUGCUCCAGCUAGACCCCAAGGCUGUGUCUCAUAACAUUAACCUUAGUGUGAUGGAGGGGUCAGAGGACCAUUUCUCCAGCCCAGCCCUUCUCUUGGCAGUCCCUUUGGAGCCCCACCCAAGCAAACUCAUAGGUUUCAUGUCUCUCAACUAUAAAUAAACUGAGGUUUGUAAUGGGGAAGUAGUGCUUUUGGUAAGAGUAGGGGAAAAAACCCCUGCCAAUUCUAAGUUUGAGGAGGUUAAGCAAUAUUUUUACCAGCGGGUUUACAGCUGAAUGUUUUAACUCUUUCAGCUUUCUGUCUUUGUCAGCUACAGGCAGUGGGCUCAAUUUUGUUUCAAGAUGGGUUAUUAUGUGGGAAAAUGCUGGUUGAACAUAUGGUGUAAAGAACUCCCUGGGGUCCCAAGCUGCUGCUUCUGAAUCCAGUGCUCUCCCAUCUUCUUCCAGUGCAUUGCAAUUCAUGUAUGAGCUCAUCGACAUCGAGCAGAAUUGCUGCAAGGAACAGUAAAAACUUUUUUUGGCACAGAGCAGUCGGAAUGAGUCAGCCAUCCAACCAUGGACGGGAUCAGUGACAGCCCUUGUGGUAAUUGCAUACCGUGGCUAGCAGAGGCAAGGAGGAUGAUGCAGUACUUCUUGUUGUGUUAGGGUUCCCUCCUGAGAGUGUUGUUUUUGCGGGGUGGAGUGCAGAGAUAUUGGAAAGGUUGGCGACGUAUCUGCUGCCAAGUUUCAAAGAAGUGACUACCGGCUGCCAUCAUCAAAGCAGUUACCGGAUGUUGAUCCCCUAAUCCUGGCUAAACUCAAUAGCAAUAAAGGCAGUUAUAUUUUGUCUGCAGGACUAUAGUUAGUAAAAAAAGUAUAGUCUGAAUAGCUAGAUUUGGAUCUAAGGAAUGCAGUGUUUAUUUGUACAAAUCUUCAAAAGCCACAACAAGGUACUGCACCAAAGCCACAGUUCUGGGCUGCCAGAUUUUGGCAUUCAGUGACAAAAAUAAAAAAGCCCUGUCUUUCUUUUCAGCUAUGCAUUCUUGCUAUUUCUUCAAGCAAACAAGGAGUCAGAACACAGUGAAUACACGUACAAACAAAGUAAGCUGUGUUUGGUAUUCAGCAAUGCUUAUUGAGUAAUUUUGGGCAUAGAGCCCAUGGUAAUGAAUGGAAAACUUUGAUCAGGACAUCUGUGGUCUGCCCAAAUAAUUUCAUGGGACCUGCAAAUCUGCCAGAAACAUCACUCCAUGGCCCUAUUAACCAGGGAUGUUGAAGUCUUUCUUGAUUGUGUACAUUCUACAAGAACACUCAUGAACUAGGAGUCAUUGAUUUUUAUUAGAUAGAAAACUCAGAAAUGGCUUAUUCAAGGACAUCUGAGCCCUUAAGUUUACCCUUCACAUUUAUCCUGCUUCACUGGGAAAAAAACUUUAAUGAAUCUGUCUGGACGAUGAAAAGAUAAAUGUUGAGAGCAUUGAGUCAGAGUGUGGACUUAGCUUCUAGCAAACAUACUCUCAGUUCCAACUUAACUGUACUUAACUCACAGUAAAAAAUAGUUUGGAGGUUUCUUAGCUAUAGAUUAUAGUCUGGGCAAUUCUGUGACUGCAAACUGUUUUCUUGAUGUUGCUCAUCAGUGUGCAGUUAUCCAGUUAUUCCUGGAGGAUCAUAACUUUUGCCCCUCUUCCCUUGUGUAUGUGGUAAGAGGAGCUUUUUUUAAAAGGUUGUGAGCACCGUAGCUGCCAGCCCAAAAGCCAUGAAAGUACGGCUGCCUUGUAGGUGGCCCCUAUAGAUGUACUGAGUUUUCACGUUAAUUCUUGUCCCUUUUGCUUUGUUUUCAAAUAUGCUGUUUUGCAAGUCAUACUCGAUGGAAAAAGCACUGUCUGAAAUAAUCCCAAAGUGGCUAUUAGUCCGGUGUAGUCAUACCCCGCAGCCCCAGCAGUGACAUGUUGUAGAAACAAAGUCAUUCUCCUGCCUUUUCAGUUCUGUUUUGACUUUAUAAUGAAGAGAGCAUGGUCAUGGUAUAUUAAACAACUGGAUAAAAGCAACAUAUACAUUACCAUCACUCUGCUUCUAACUAAAGCUCCAAAACCAAUAUAGUGGAGAAGCCUGGCUAGGAAUUUACUGACAUUUUUCUUUUGCCAUAAAUUCAGCAUUAGAACAAAAUAUCCAGAACAGCUGAAAUGGCAUAGCCUUUGACUGAGUAAAAAAUAGAUGUAUUUAUAAUAUCAAAGGAGACUUACGAAAAUAUCCCAGCUGGAUUUUGAAAAAUGUAGGAGGGAACAGAACAGAACAAUUGCAUUUCUGUUUAUGUUUGCACUAGAAAGUAGCCCACUGUGAAGAAACAUUAAGGAAUGUGAAUGAUUGAGAGAUCGUCUCUUAGAGGCAGCAGGUAUAAGAUGUCUGAAAUUCCUUUGAGUUUAAAUUGCUUGUUAGCAACAGGAUUUUUUUGGUAAUUAUUUCUGCCCACAGUACACCAGAACCUAAUGUACAUUGCUUUAUGUGGAGAACUUUUUAGAAUUCACCUUUGUCUGUAUUUACUUUGUGAUAAAGAAAAGGCCAUGGUAUAUGGAAAAGAAAUUUUAAAAGGAAUUAAAAAAAAUUAUUAUUCCAAUACUAUAAAAUUGAGAGAAUUUUCUUACAAAAAUAAGAGUUUCAAUGCCAAUGCUUAUUCUAUUUAUAUCAAAUGCAAUUGCAAGAACCCAUCUUCCUGACGAUAAAGACUAAGUGUAGUGUUUAGAGACAAGUAAAAUUAUUGACAAUAUUUUAUUGAGGAUUUUUGUAUUAUGCAGUGAAUUAUGCAUUUCAGAUUUAACAUGUGACAAAAUAUGCACUAAAUAUGUGGACCUAAUCCAAACCCCAAAUCCAAACAAAGCAAGCUCCUAUGUUGUCUAAGUUUGUUGUAUUUCUAAAUUUUAUAUUUUGACUCUGUGCUUCUAAAUACCAAUAUUAAAUUAAUUAGUAUCUGUUUUUUUCAGAAGCAGUAGGGAUGCUGAGACCCUGCUAUCACAACAAUGUUUAACAACAAUUCAUUUCAGAGCUUACAGUAGUGUAAGCAUCAUAAAGUUCAAGCAAAAACAGACUUUUUAACAACAGCCACUAUCCAUCCUUUUACUUAAUAUUAUUUAAUGACAUUUGUUUGAUAACACAUUCAAAUAAAGUAAUGGCAUAUUUUUAAAUGCAAAUGUUGGUUUUAUCUAUAAUUUAUUUUCAUUGUGCUUGUCAUAAAUGUACUGCUGAUACAUGAAAUUACAAGAAAAUAUUUAGGAACACUUAAACACUGUAUAAACACUUGGUUUAUACUUGAUUUAUUUAGUAACACUUAUUUAUACCUAAAUAUUAUCCAAGUAAUAAGUGACUAUAAUACACCAAUAAUCAUCAAAAUUCUAGAUAUAGCAGAAAUAUGGCAUUGCUUAAGUCCAUAACUGUCAGCCCCAAUUGCACACACAACUGCAGUGCACCUGUAGCACCCUUUUCUUCCACUCCUGUCUUAGGAGCUGGUUACUGCAUAGAUCUCUCUAUAUUAUCAAAGGGAAAGUCAGAGUAAUUCCACUCAAGGCCAUAGCUUCAAGUGAAUGCAGUGCUCAUGAAAGGACUUUGCCCAUGAGUUGCAGUCAGAAGAUUCAGAAUUAAUUAAUGAUUAAGUAACAUCCAUGUGUCUUAGUUGCCCAUUUGAAAAGGUGAGGACAGGGUAUUGUGAGAAGUACAGACAGGGCUGUGCUUGGAAAAGGUUUGUUUGUGGCUUUGGUCACUUGGCCCAAGUGCAGUCAUGCUUCCAGUUUGUUUUAUGAACUGGCCCAGUCAAGCUGUAGAGCAGAAUUAAAUACUCCUGUUUAUCAUAUAAACUGGAAUAAUUGUUUUAGUUCAGGAAAAACUCUUUGAUUAUUGUUCACUGAUUAAGUUAUAUUUGUAGUGGAAUCAUGGCUUAUUUUGAACAUUCUGAAAAUAUGAUAAGAGGAUAACUGUUACUCUAUAUCACUGCUAGAAGAGGAGAAAGUUACUCUCUCAGCUAAUAACUCUAAUUCAGUUGAGUUACUCUUUCAACUAAUAACUAGUUUUUACAUAUAUGCAUAUUGCAAACAUUCUAUUCUUGCUUAAUGUUGUUUUUUUCAUUGUGUGUUUAUAUUAAAAAAAUAUUAUCUAGAUAUGACUAUGAGAAAGUUAGCAAAGAUACAUUUAUUUAUUGAACUUCAAUCUCUAAAUAGACCAGCAGAACAGACCUUAGGAGUUGUCAUUAAUAAAGUCUACUGCAUUGAAAAUGUUAUGAUCUCCAUUUUCUUAUCCUUCUGCUCAAAAACCUGGAAUGAAAGUUUUUAAAGAAAGAAUAAAUUACAGCUAUAAACCUUAUAAAGAAAUAUGUUUAAGAUAAAAUUUUCUUUUGGUAGACCAUAGUGAAGCCCACAGAGACAGAGAGGCCACUAAAUCUGGAAGAUUUCGGUAUUUUUUAAGUGGGCCCAUAUUUAAGUUUACAUUACUGCUUAGGAAUCGACUUCCAAAAAGCCAUAACAGUGGCUACUGUUCUUUCCCUUAGGGUCUGAACAAGGAAAUCCAAUGUUUUCUGGUCAGCAGUAGGAAUUCCACUUUGUAAUCUGACACUCUUCAUUCCUCUCCUCUCAAAGGCAGUAAACCAAAAACUUAAAGGCAGAACAGAUUUUCAGAUCAUGUAGCAUUUGUAAAUCCUCAUACACAUUUAAUAAUUUAUUGGCAUGUACAAACUGAAAUCUUCAUGACCUGGCCUUUCUCUUGUCAGUUCCUGCUCUCAUCACAUUGUCUAGUUAGGCACGUUUCACUGAGAAUUCAUGUUUUUGCAUUUCUCUGAUUUCAGCCCUAUUGUUCCAAACUCAUGAGGAAUAAAAAGUCGUAGAAGAGCCAAGAUCUUCAUAUUGGGAGACUGAUACAGCUUGACUAUAGCCAACAGAGCUAUGCUAGUUCAUACCAAUAAGAAUGCAGUGAUUAGAAAGAUAUCAGUCCCUUUUGUCUACUGUUUAAUAUCUGGUCUCUAGCAAGCAUGUGGUGGUGGCAUGCUCCUGCAUACAUACGCAGUGGUAACAAUUGGAUCUUUUCAUGCUCAGAGUGAGUAACUCAAUUCUAGUCAGUCUGUAAUUUCUUUCUGACAGGCUCGUUAUUUGUCUGCUGAUGGUAUGGUUAUGGUUAAGGGCAGCUGUACAAUUUUAAAACACAAUUUUUCUGUAAGCACAGUAUGUCUCUUCAAGCACACUUCUGUCCUAACAGCGCAUAAGCCUGCUCAUCCAAUGACCAUGGCUGCAUCAGUUGUAGAAUAUGGUUGUAAGACAUUUGAGAGAGCAAACGUCUUGACACACAGUUUUACUUGCUGCUGUCACCUCUGUUCAUUUAUCUUUCUGUGAUGGAUAUGUAUUUUUGCAAUAGUAAUUACAAAGUCUCUGGACUCUGGACUAGGAAAAUGAUCUAGUUGCUUUGGCUGCUUGUGCUCAUUUAGGAUUUGUUCGAGUUCAUGCUGGUGUCAGCAUGCCCUCUGGCUUCAUUGGAAGACCUCAGUGCCAUUUGAAAAAAAUUAGAUUAUUUUCAAGUGUGAUACAAACUGAAAACUCAGUUGGAACUGUGUAAACUUCUGUAAGACUUGUUUGUAGGAGCAAAUGUAGUAAGAACAGCUGUUAGGAAAUCUCUGUUCUUCUCUGUACUUUCAAUAUAUGUGCUGCACUUUAGCUACAUAUAUUGAACCUCCUUAGUCACUUCUGUGACUUAUCUGUUAAAGAUUCUUUUGAAGAGAUAAGUAUUUUUGGAACAUUUCUUAAAACUAUGAUGUUUUCUGGACUUUCAGAAGAAAUUCUGAGAAGUCCACUCCUGCAGCUAGUACAAAUUUCUGGGUAAAUAAUAGCAAGGUUUUGGUGAAUUCUACACUUUGCGUUUGAGUACAUACCUGUAGCUGUCACCUCUGGUGACAGCUAUGUCUGGACUUUUAGUUUGGAUCUGUAUCCAAACAGUGACAGAAACUAUUAAUGUAAAUUAGAAAAAUAAAAGCCUGUGCAUUUCCAUACGUUUACUGUAAGGAGGUUGCAACAGUAAAUUCCAGCACAAUGAUUUCAUGCUCCUAGGAUAUCAUGUGGGUAUUUUUAAUUGUCACUCUUAGUGAAUUGUGUACAUCUGAAGUGUAUGUUUUGCCUGCAAAGCAGAGCGAUUUAGAAGAGAAUGCAUUUACUGCAUUUACUACAUUUACUACACCCUGUUCUUCAUAGAUCCAACACCUCAGACUUUCUGCACACCCUUUUGAAAUUAGCUGCUGGGAGGAAGGAACACUGGCAACAGUGUUAUGGAAGUGCAGUCUCAGGCUCUGCAUUCCCUUAAUUAGAAACCUGAGACUCGUGGUUAAUGAUGAUUAAUGUUCCAUUCUAUUUUGCUAGUUCUUCCUUGCGGGAAAAGAUCACAUAAAGCUGAAGUACUUUCAACUAACUAUUGAUAUUAAUGAAUUUCAUUUUAAAAGAAAAGUUAUUUCUACAUAUGUUACUGACAAAGUAAGAAUGAAAUUCUUAUCCAAGAGUGUGUCAUUUAACUAAACCUGACAAACAUAACUGCCCUUAACUGUUGUAGCUGCUUCUCUUUCCCACACUGUUGUUUUAUUUUUUUAAAACUUCAAAGUCUCCAAAUUCCUCCUGAUUGAUGCACUGAUUUUUAAACAACAUCUUUGUUGUGUACUGCAAUCAGACAAGUGCUAAUAUCCUUGAGGAAUCUGGCAGGACUGUGGGAAUCUUCCAGCCAUAAUUGCAUCUUACUGUAAAUGUGAUAAUAUUGGCAGCUUCAGAUGGGUUGACAGAAUGUGCUGUUGCUGAGGGUGAUACCAGCUUUCUCUAUUGAUUUAUGAGGCUAAGGGUCAUUCUUUUAUGCAUUCUUUGCUGUCUCUGGUAUGGAGUUUUUUAGUGCAGUUCUGGAAGAUGUUAGAGACAUAAAUGCCUGCUGUAUUUAAACACAAAAAUAGUGUAAUCGGGAAAUAGGAAAUCCUAAUUACAUCAUUUAAAUUGCUAGCAUGAUGAAUUAUUAUCAGUGACACUGAAUUUUAAUGUUAUAGUUGAAGUUUAUUAGUUUGAACAUUAUCAGAAAAAUAAAGCAAUAUAAAGAUGCUGACUAUAGUUCAACUUACUGUACAACCAUGUUAACCCAAGUCUUGGAUUUUUGUAUUCAGUUAUUUACAAGUUAUUUUAGCGGAACACUUUAAUAUGUUUCUUGUUCUUUAACAGGUUCUAGUGCUGAAUAAUUACACUGAAAAUUAAUUUUUGGGGCUAAGGACAUUGCAGAUGAUUUACUACAUCCCUAAAUAUGUAAUCUCCUUAUAUUUAUUCAGUUUUUCAGAAUCUGGAUCUGUGUCCCAAGCCAUGGUUAUCACUUGUUCAAAUUCUGGUACAGACCAUCCACUUCUCUGGUAAAAAAUAUAUUUUCUCCAAGUAUAGGGGUAAAACCACUUGUUUUUUAUUCUUGUGAGUUGCUCCACUUUUCUUCUUCCUCUGUAUUUUCAUAAGAAAAGUAAGAUACCUUUCAUUUUAAUUAUCUAAUAGACCCACAACUUGCAAAGCAUUUAUUCACUGGAUUUUAUUUUUUAUGACCAGACUAUGAAGAAUAAAACAGUGUUUCCUCUUUGGUUGUUUUUUAAGGAGAGAGUGAUUUGCUUAUUAUGUUUAGAAUAGCACUAAUAGAGGUUCAGGACCACUAUCAUUCUUUAAUUAAUAUGACAGAUGAGAGAUAAAAAGGUGUUCCUUAUUUGUUUUAACUGUAUGUACUCUGUGCUUUCUGAAGACCACUUGGCCUACAAUCUCUUUAAAAAAUACCAUGAUUUGGCUCUGAGUCACAUGUUUUGCUUGAAAUCAGAUAGCCAAAACCACAAGAAUCUUAACUUGUUAGAAACAAUGAUUGUUCCAAAAGUGUGAAUGCAGAAGACUGGCAUAUAUAUGGUAAGUAGAGGACGCACAUAAAAGCUCCUGAUAUACCCUCAACUUUGGGUUUUAUUAAUUUUGCUGCUGUUACAUCACUGGGAAACCAUGAGCACCUUGCCAUACAAGGCUGGGGUUUUCUGUUUGCUGUUUUAAGGCCAGAAUAUAUAUUCUCACAUUAACAGUGAUUUCAAUCCUAAUUUUCAGUGUCAGAAUUUGGUCAGAAACUGCUUCAUGGAACCAUUUCUUAAUGACCUUGCACCAUGACUUUCUUCCUGCAGCACUAGAAAUGACUGUACAUAGUAUCCUGGACACACCAUGAAUUCCCCAAGAGAACCUGAUGCAUUACUUUGUCAAAAGAAAGACAUGUGAUUCUUCUUAGUUUACUAAAUUAUACUUAAAAUUUUUCUCCUUUAAGAUUUUCUCCAAGUGCUCCAAUUGUUGCAACAAUUUGUAAUGAAAUGUGACUCCCAGGAAAGAUCAUCAACUGAACUAAUUUUGAUGCUAAAAUAUGACCUGUGCUUACUUGUCAUUCAGUGGCUUUGCAGAUGUACACACCAAUUUCUUGUGUAACCAUCCCCUGAACACCACAUAAGAAAAGGCUAGGGGAAAAAAAUCUUAAGAGAAACAGUUCUAGUUGAAAUUUGUAAUUUUGUAAAAAUGUAUUCACCAAGCAAAACACCAUCUUUUAAAGGUUUCUGUGGGAUAGUUAGACAGCCUUUUAUUGCAUGGGGGCUACCGUGUAUAUUUUGUCUAUUUAGUACUAUUUUGUGAACUACUUGUGAUGCACUGUAUAAUUAUUGAAUUUAGUUAUGACACCAAGCUCUAAGGUGUAGGCAAUAGCUCAGUAAGAUCUUAAACACUGAUAUAGCAAUUUGUAUUAUUUCGGCUUUGGGAAUUAUAAUUUUCUUUAUUCACUACCUAUUUACGGAUAUUUUGCUACUGUAGGAGAAGCAUGCACUAAUAACUAUGUAAUACUCUUGGUCAAUAUGUGCCUUAUUUUUCUCCAUAAUUAAUUUCUUCCUUUCUAUUUCCUCUUCUCAUAAGUAGCCCUAUAAUUAUCAUCAUUAACAAUGUUUACUUUUAAUCAGCUGUGGUAUUUUAAUUCUCAGCUCUUAUUUAUUUUUCCCAAUUAUUCUCAAUAAUUGCAAUGUCCUUGCAAUAUAAGUAUUGUUUGUUUCCAAGCUAUUGUUUUGAUUCUUCUCUGUUCAAAUAAGGAAAGCAUGAAUUCCUAGGACUAAUCAUUGUAAUGUUUCAUUUAUGUUAUCUCCAGCUAAUUAUUUUCAUUUGUGUUUUAAUAUAGAUCAUUCAUCACUUCUUAAACAGCUAAUUUAAUUCUUUCAGAGACAAAAACAUGAAAAUGCAAUUUAAAGUUACCUGCUUACACAAAACAUAGUUAAAGAUGAAGUGUAAUUUAGUGUGUGAGAGAAUCUUUGAGAAAUAAAAGGCUGUUGUUGUGCUCCUAA